GCACUCAGUGAGUUAGUCAUUGUUCUUAAAGCUGCAGCACCCAACAACAUCCAUUUUGAAUCUUGCUGCUGUUUCCUUCUUCUCCUCCGUUUCCCAAAAUGCCCUUUUUCAGUGUAACUAAAGAAAUGGCCAUUGGAACCGCAGUCCUGGGGGUUGCUUUUGCUACUGGAGUUUUAGCAGGUAAAAAAUAUCCAUUUUUAGCUUUUGGAAUUCCCCGAUCAUCCAAGACUUUACUUGGAAAAGGGGGCCCGCUAUGGCAAUACAUAUUGGAUCACUCUCUGCGGGAGCAUCCAGUCCUAAAGAAGCUGCGACUGCUCACCUUGGACCAUCCCUGGGGUAGAAUGAUGGUGUCUUGUGACCAGGCUCAGCUUAUGGCAAACUUGGCCAAACUCAUCAAAGCCAAGAAAGCUAUUGAAAUAGGUGUUUUUACAGGCUAUAAUACCUUAAACAUGGCACUAGUCUUGCCAGACGAUGGCAAAGUGGUUGCCUGCGAUAUAAAUGAAGAUUACGUCAGUAUUGGAAAGCCGCUAUGGAAAGAGGCAGGAGUGGAGCAUAAAAUAGACUUGCGGAUUAAACCAGCAAUACAAACACUUGGCAAGCAAAGUCUUCUCCGAGGAGUGAAAGAUGCAGAGGGAGUCGAGAAGCUAGUGUACAAGCAUCAGAGGCAGGAGAUUUCUGAUCUGGGGAAAUGCAGUUUGGUAUUCGUGGUCAGGAGGAAGCAAAGUCUUCCAAGACCACGGAAAAGGCAGAUGCAGAACAAGUUUGUAUAAUAGGAAACACUGUCUCACAGGGGAGCAGCAUUAAGGAGGGAAAGUUGCUGUCAGAAAGACUGUUUAUUCCCACUGCUAAUGCCAGUGAUCCAUUCCACCAGCCAAUGCUGCUUCUUUGCCCACACUUAGCUUUUCAGAAGAAGUGUCUUUAAGAGACAAAACUGUCCAGAAGCAGCCUAGCACAGUCACUGUAGUACACAUGGGGCAGUGUCCUCUUAGUGUGACUGAUGUUGCUGUCCUGCCUGGUAGCUAGACUAAUGCGGCCUGUCACCCACUCUCUUCUGUCACAAACAUUAGCCUUGUCUGGGCCACGUUCUUCCCUCCAGUGUACUCAUACAAACUCUGAUAACAACAGGGCUGUCUGCUGACUAACCCUAUGCAGAAAAGGCCUCACAAGUUGUUCUCCAAAACAAGAGGGUGCAGAGCAAUUUGAGAAGGGCAGAUAACUUGCAUGAGCUCCUUGCUCCUUCAUAGUAGGCCUCUCAAAACCCUAUCUCUCUUCCCCUUCUCUUCUGUAGAGGUCACUACUGAGAUGCUGCAUUGGGGAGUGAGAUUCCAAAUGGGGUCCCCUCCCAAAACACACAGAGUAGUGGUGGGUGGGGCUAUAAACAGCCAAGUACUUCUCUCACCUUCUAGUGCCCUGAGGAGGACCAGAGCCAUUGUCUCUGCAGCUGACAGUUCCAGUUUGGAGCGGUCAGCCAGAGUGCAGCGUAAGAAAGUUUUAACAGACCCCAGUUCCACUUGUUUUGGCCCAAAAAGGAGAAAUGGAAUGGGUGACUCCUGAGAAAAGCCCACUGGUUGACAACCAUUUGCUGCCAUCUGUGAUUACACAAAGGAUGCACUUGCUCAGGCAAAGUCCACCAAAGGGCCUUCUGGGUAAGAAUUCUGCAUGACCCAAAUUACAGCACUGUGGUCAGCAGUUGAUUGAUCAGUCUGAAAAUUCAUUUAACAUCUAGGGCCUUUCUACUGGGGGAAAAUUUCUAACCAGCUUUAAAAACCAGUUCAGCUAAGCUGAUUUUAAAACUAAUGGAGAAGAAGUGUAAACCCAGUUUAAAGGAUCCUGGCCUGCUCUUACUGAACCAAAUUUAGGAGUAUCACGUCUACAGUCUACACUAUGGCUUUGGCUGCUUCUAAAAUUGGAUAAUAAGCUUCUCCAGACCCUUGUAGACUCUGAGCCUUGACGCACAUGGAUUGUCUCAUCCCUUUAUUCAGUGUUAAACCAGAGCAUCACAACACGCUUUGUUUCCU